CUGUAAAUACCAAAACCACCAAUACAAAAUUUUGAAAGUCAAGUAACCCUGACAACUCGAUAGGCAAGAGGUCGCGCCAUAAGCCUAUCGUUCUCAGCUGUUUGGAAGCAAAACAAAGCGGAAAUUGGAAAUGUUUCUGUUCAUCAGCCGCCCCACGCGGACGCUGGGCAACCGGAUGCAGUCGGUUCGCGAGCGGUUGGGUGCAGACUUAGCCGAUCAACUGGACGCUCUACAUCGGAAUGUGAUGAGGACUGGACUAGUGUCCACACAGGAGCUGGAGGAGGCGUUCCGUAAGACGCGCGACAUGGACCACAACCCGAAUCGGUUGAAUCUGCUCUGGCUGCUGGGUAUAGUGUUCUUCAUCAUGGUGGCCACCCCGGUGUUCUUCGAGACCAUUUCCUUUCUGCUCGGAGUGCGUUGCUUUCUGCCCAACAACUACUUGGUCUGGGAGGCCACUAGGCCUAUUAGCGACUGCGAGUUUUGUAAAGGAGUGAGGGCUCCCCUGAUCCUGGCCAAUCUCACCAUGGAGGAGUUCGCACCGCACGCGUACUCUUCGAUGCCCAUCAUUGUGAAGAGGGCGGUGGCUCACUGGCCAGCCCAAAAGCACCUCAGCUUUGCCUUCAUGAAAGAGCUGUACGAGAGCGUCCCGGGAGCUAUGGACUCAGAUUGCCAGUUUCUGCACUUCAACUCCGAUCUCAAGUCGCUGAAGCAUGUGUUUUCCAUGUCCGCGGAGCGUUCAAAUCUUACUCAAGGAGUGCCCUGGUUCGUUGGCUGGAGUGUCUGCCAGCCGGCUGUGCUGGCGGAGCUCAGAAAGCUGUAUCCCCGCCCGCAUUUCCUGCCCGUCGAUGCUGAAAUGCCUCACACGGAUUUCAUUUUAAUGGGCUACGAGCAAGGAGCUGUAAUGCAUCUUGAUUACAUCCCACGCCUGAUGUGGCAAGCGCAGUUAAGUGGCAACAAAAGCUGGUUUCUGGCCCCUGCUCCUGAAUGUGACCACCAGUGCCAGCCCUUCUCCUUCUAUGUGGAGCCCGGAGAUGCUGUGUUGGUGGACACACGCAUCUGGUAUCAUGCCAAUACCAUCCCAAAGGGUCAGUUUUCGCUCACCGUUCAGUCGGAAUAUGGAUGAGUGCCACCUUGUAAUUCUGAGACUCAGAAUUGAAUAAACCGAAACUUCAGAAGGUAUAAACUGCCUAUUAAGAUCUCGCGAAAAUCGCUCAAGACCUCGAUAUACAUGUAAUAAACUUACAAAAUAGUGCUUGUAAAAAUUAAAUUCCAAAUAUUUUUAUUACUGAUUUAAAACCAAAAGCCUAUGCAACCAUAAAUGUAUUCUUCAAAACA